AUGAAUUGGGAUUUCCAAUACGCUCCAUCAAUAUUAUUAUUGCGUGUGCAUACUUUAUUUGCCCGUCAGGACGUCGAUUCCGCAGAUGAGGACGAUGGCAUGCUGCGGAUUCUGCUAAUCCACGUGACGGAGUCUGGUCAAAAAGAGAAUGAGGAAGAACACGACGUCAGUGAUUCUUAUCGCGCUGUCGGAGAGAACGCCGGUCCUGCGCCCAAGUUCCGCCGCUUCUCACCGCCGCUCCUUAUUUCGGUUAGUCUUGAACUCCCUCCUCGCCCUACGCUCACCCCCUCACCUACUUUGUCGCCACCGAAGUUUGCCAGGAAACCACCUCUUGAGUGUAUUUGUCAUUUUUAUUAUUGA